GUACUGCCGUUGGUGUUUCAAACGGAGUCUGUGAUUUUUGCCUCUAUGAAGGCGAGGGAAAUUUUAGCAGCUAUGGCUACCCCGCCCCCUAUCGGAGUAACUUGGAAUGCACUUAUAGGAUUAAACGAGUUGAUGACUCCUGUGAGCUCGAGGUGAUAUUUCACGACUUUGAUCUUACGAGCUAUGACACUGGUACAUGUACUGAAGACUACCUUCUGGUGGAUGAUCGCCGUUUCUGUGGAAACAGCUGGAGAGGAAAGUCCACGACGAUUAAUUUUCCAAGACAACUCAAAGAGUUGACGUUUUACUUCCAUUCCAACAAUGUCAUAUCCGGAGGAGGCUUCUGGAUAGAGGUGAAAAGGAAACCUGGAACAUGUACAGGCGUAUCUGCUAGAUUGCUGUCAUCAUGCGACCUUACUUUUUUCGAAGAAAAUUUCUUUCUCAGAAGCCCAAACUACCCUGAUAAUUAUCCUACCUUCACGGUAUGUCAUUAUGAAGUCAGGCGAGUGGACAACGACAUCUGUGGACUAGAGAUGAAAUUUUUAAAAUUUGAUAUUGAACCAAGUGACAGUUGCGUUUACGACUACUUGAAAGUGGACGAAAAAAAACUAUGUGGCGUGAUUACUUCAGAGGCAGUUAUGCUUCCUCCUCCCCCAAGCUGUAACAUAUGCACCGAGUCCCAUAAGGGAGAAAUUCACAGUUAUGGAUAUCCGAACGAAUACCGAAACAACCUGGUGUGUAAGUACAGUAUAGAAGAACACAACGAAAGCUACUGUUCGGUAACCUUUAAUGUUGUUGAUUUUGAUGUGGAUUACACCCCAGGCUGUAUUGGAGAUUAUCUUGAGUUAGAAGAUCAGCGGUUUUGUGGGAAUGAGCUACAAGGCCACUCACGCACAGUGUCGUUCCGAGGCAGGCAAAGUAUUACACUUGUGUUUCAAACUGACUCCGUUUCUGUUAAAAGAGGAUUUAAGAUAAACUUUCAACAGCAUCGAUGCUCGGGGAUCAGAGCCCCUUCCGUCACCGGAUCAAACAUUCAGAACCACAAGGAUCCCUCUACGGUCCUUGAUUCGUCGAAUGCAUUUGAAAGACUUAAUGCAGAUCCUGAUAGAGAGUUCGAAGUCUUUGGCUCCGCACCGCCACCUAUAGGACCAAAACCAACUUCACUGCGUGAGACUGCAGAAAGUUUAAGCGAAAGUAAUUUUGACUUUGAAACAGAGGAAAAGAUUUUACACUUUCAUUCCGAUGGAGCUAAUCCCAGGCCAGGAUUUUUCAUUCAAGUUCACCAAAAAGAGUGUGAUUCUCGAACUGGAAGACCGAUACUUCCCACGAGACGAAGCUGUGAUCGAGAUUUCAGUGCACGUGUGUUCGAGUUGACUUCAGUGAACUACCCCGAAGACUACGAAAACCUGCUGAACUGUCACUACAGCGUCAAGAAGUACAGCAACGACGUUUGUUCUUUGGAACUUAUGUUUUUAGAUUUCUCUCUUCAGGACGGACCAAACUGCCUUCACGAUUCACUUCAAAUUAAUAAUGAGUUAAUCUGUGGGGAUAUUAGUCGGGGAACUGUUCGAUCUUUUGAGUUUCGAGGUCAACGCACCAUUAUUCAUUUUUAUAGUGACGCUUUUGUCACCAAUCGUGGCUUCCGUAUCCGGGUCACCCAAAAAGAAUGCAUUCCCUCUGUAACAUCUCCUCCAUUUGUGAGUCCGACAUAUUGCAACAAAAAGUUUACAGCCCAGGAAUUCGAAAUAACUAGCGUGAACUACCCAAACAACUACAACGACAACUUAAAUUGUCGCUACACCAUAGUGCAGCAUAGCGACCUUAUCUGUAGGCUGGAACUGACAUUCGAAGACUUUAACAUUCAGGAAAGCCCUGGCUGCUCUGAUGACUAUCUAGAAGUGGACGGAGACCGACUGUGUGGUCAGUUAAGAGCAAACACCAGACAGACAAUAGAGUUCUUCGAAGCAGCGAAGGUAUUGUCAUUUCAUUCCGAUGAUCAUCGCAAUGAGAAGGGCUACAAAAUCCAUGUGGUACAACGAGAGUGUGAAACUUUUACAACCAGAACACCGUUUCUACCUGAGAACGGUUUUUGUAGCGAUGUUUACGCGCGAAAAGAAUUCUAUCUGAGCAGUGUAAACUAUCCCCGAAACUAUGACAACAAUCUAGACUGCAGCUACGUUGUUCGUCGCCACGACAACAAAGUGUGCUCUCUCCGACUACAGUUUCUGGACUUCGAUGUUGAGUCCAGCACCGAUUGCGAGUACGACUACCUGAAUGUAGAUGGACAGAAACUUUGUGGAACCUUACCAGCUGGAACUUUUAGGACUUACGAUUUCCAGUCGUUUGAGAAAGUGAUUCAGUUUCGGACUGAUUCGGCCAGCUCCCGUCCAGGAUUUCGAAUCAGAGUAACGCAGGAAGAAUGUUCUGGAACCUCCGCCCCGACCCUUACAACACCGUUGUCUAAAGAUUGCAACAGAAUUUUCCGAGAGUUGGAAUUUGAUAUCAGGAGUGAAGAAUAUCCUCAAGAAUAUCCCAACAACCGUGACUGCCAAUACACCAUAUACCGUCAGAAUAACGUAUGUCAGCUUGAACUGACAUUUAUCAGUUUUGAUGUUGAGGGGAACGGAGACUGUCGAUACGACUAUCUACAUGUAGAUGGUGAAACAUUGUGCGGAGUGCUCCCUGUUGGAGAAUCGAGAAUCUUGGAUUUCGAAACUUCGAAGAAAGUUAUUGAGUUUCACUCGGACUCAGCCACCACUCGGCAAGGAUUCCAUAUUCGUGCUAGACAAGUUCCUUGUUCCACUGACCGUUUUCCACCAGGAAAUUCAGGAGAAUCAUGUGACAAGACCUAUGACGCUCUUGAAGGAGUCGUGCAGAGUCAUGGGUACCCUAGAAACUACCCCAGAAAUCUUGUGUGUACAUACUACUUCAGACCACGACCAGGGUAUUGUCAUGUGGUGCUCAAGUUCUCAGACUUUCAACUACAAUCCUCCAGAGGUCUCUGCGAAGAAGACUAUCUUGAAAUAAACGAACAGCGUUACUGCGGGAGGCAGCUAAUUGGACAGACAAAAACAUUAAAAAUUUCCGGAGGACGCGAUCAAGCUAUUGUCAGGUUUUUCACAGAUGACAAGUUCGAAGAUCGAGGAUUCAAAGCCACCUACCGCCAAGUUUCUUGCUCUGGAGACAGACCAUUUUCCCCUCCGCCCCCGCCUUUUAUACCAUCAGGUGUUUCCUGUGAUCGCUUGUAUGCCUCGGUGGAAUUUGAAAUCAUGAGCCCAAAUUUUCCCGAUAAUUACCGAAACAACCUCGACUGUCGCUACACCAUCCUUCGAAUAAGUAAUCGCAUAUGUAAUCUUCGGAUGACGUUUGAAUCUUUCGAUGUUGAGUCGGCCAAUAGUUGCGAGUAUGACUACCUGGAAAUUGAUGGUCAACCUGUGUGUGGUAUCUUACCAAGAAGUUCUGUCAGGGAAUACGAGUUCCGGAAUUUCGAGUUUAUAAUGAGAUUCCACUCUGAUUCGGCCGAAUCCAGACCAGGAUUUAAGAUACACGUCCAACAGACAGAUUGUCGUGAACAUUUUCCACCACCUCCUCCAUACCCUAAACUAUCGGGUCCUGACAGGCCUUUACCCCCGCGUCCACCACCUCCUCCUCCAAGAAGACCUCCCAUCUCACCAACUAACUGCGAUGACAUCAUUAAUCGUCCAGUAUUUGAACUGCAAAGCGUUAAUUUUCCCGAUCCCUAUUCGAAUAAUUUGAAUUGUCGCUACACUAUCAAACGUUUCGGUGAGAGUGUCUGCCAGCUAGAACUCGAACUGGUUCGCUUUGAUUUGGAACCCAGCGCAGACUGUCAAUUUGAUUAUCUGGCUGUCGGCGAUGAACGGUUAUGUGGAAGUUUACCAAGAAACAGCAUUAGGACGUUUGACUUCCCAAAAUUCGAGAAGAAAAUUUACUUUCGAUCCGAUGAGAGAGCGCCAGGAAGAGGUUUUCUCAUCAGAGGGCGCCAAAUAGACUGUCCAAGGAUGCCCCCCAGACCUCGACCAAGGCCACGUCCACCUGUUCUUCCCUCUGAUCCUCGUGAAUUAUGUGACGAUGAGUUUUCCUCUGAGAAAUUUGUCCUCAGGAGUCCUGGAUACCCUCAAAGUUAUCCAAACAACAUCAACUGUCAUUAUCUGAUCCGAAAAAACAAUCCAGGCGUGUGCGCUCUUGACCUUACUGUUCAAAGUUUUCACUUGGAAGAAAACCAAAAUUGUGACUACGAUUAUCUCGACAUUAAAGGACAUAAAUUUUGUGGUCAAGUGCCAAGUGGUUCCAUAAGAAGAAUUUAUUUUGAGGGACCAGAUUCUCUGCGUAUUUACUUUUAUUCAGACAAAGCAACAAAUCGUCCUGGUUUCUCUAUAGGCGUUCAGCAGAUAACGCAUUGUCUAAAGACAACAUAUAAUAUUGGGACCAGUAUCACCACCACCAGCACUCUGCGAUUAUUGCCAGCGACAAGAAAACGGACAUUACACGAGUCCUAAUUUUCCCGAAAAUUACAGAAAUGGAGUACGUUGUUCUUACCGGAUUGAACCAGUGCCAGGUUUUUGUGGGGUCGAGAUUUACUUCCACGAGUUUGAUGUGGAAUUCUCCUCUGGUUGUAGGAAGGACUUUUUUAUGAUCGAGGGCAAGCGUUACUGUGGCACAGAGAUAAGAAGACAAAUCCUUUAUCUAGGUUUCAGAGACGGCCCUCUGCCGGAAAUACAGUUAAAAUUCGAGAGUGACGACUUUUCUAGUGGCCAAGGCUUUCAUCUAGAAUAUCGACAAAUACCUUGUCGUAAUAUGCAUCCUUUUAGAGCGCUAAGUCUCUCUGAUGGUGGCUCAAAUACUUCUUUUAACUUCACGAAAUACGAAAAUAACUCCAACUUUGAGAAACAUAACGUACGUGAUGGAAUCUCGUCCAAGAACACGACAAGUUUUCCAGCCCGAGAAAAGUUUACAAACGUAUAGUUAGCUAUUGUUCCAAUGUCAGAUUGAGAAUAUGAAUAUUAAGUAUACUUCUAGUGGACAGAGAUGAUACUGCAAUGUAUUUAAGGAUUUUCUUUCAAUCGUGUUUGAGAUCGUCAUCUUACUAUUACUAUUAAAGUUUGUUUGUUUGCAUUUUUAAUUAUUUUAGCAAUAGAUGGCACCCCACGUCAGUUCACAUUUUCUAAGCAUUUAUGAGUGUGAAUUGCUAAAAUUAUAUGUUCUUCAAGAAACAGUAUCAAUGCUACUGUCUCCCUUUUACACUCUUUUUUAACACGUCCCUCAGGAGCCAAUGGGUGUCUUUACACUACAAUUUGUUGAAUAUUAAAAGCACGUUCAAUCCGGAAACUCCCAAAGAGGGUGGUUUUGGGUAUAUCUUUUAGAGACAACCUCGAAACAAGUUUUCGUUUGUUAAUUGAUAUAUUUUUAAGUGAAAUACAGCAUCUUCAAGUCUCCAUACUAGCUAGUACUAAGGUCUACCCGCCUUGGAGUAAAUUCAGUGUAUAUCAAUAAAACCACAUUUUCAGCAUCAUUAAUAAAGUAAUUGUCAACCUUUUGUGCUUCUGCUAUCACCUUUUUAUGUUUAGCUUUCAAUUGAGAUAAGAACGAUUUCUCCUGCGAUUUGGUAGACAAGGUCGAAGUAUCACGAUAGUCAGCAGUAGGAUGAGUAGACAGGAACACUUUGAAAGCAGCAACAGGCAUACUAUUGUACUCGGCUUGCUGCACAAUAUCUACCAAGGUGGUUUUCUAAACGAUUCCUGAAUUAUUCUGCGUGUCAUUUGGAGACUUCCAUGCUUCUUGUGCUUGGCCGUUAAGCUCGUGAUGUGCUGACGGAUUUCAGU